CACAGUCCUCCCUAAUGGCAUCUCCGCAGACGGAGGAGUUCUUUGACCUCAUCGCCAGCUCCCAGAGCCGGCGCCUGGACGACCAACGCGCCAACGUGGGCAACCUGCCGGGCCUGCGGAUAACACAGAACAACCUGGGGCACCUGCGUGUGGAGGGGGACGCCCAGGAGCCCGGGGACGAGUUCUUCAACAUGCUCAUCAAGUGCCAGUCCGCCAGGAUCGAUGACCAGCGCUGCGCCCCCCCGGACUCCAUCCCCCGUGGACCCACCAUGCCCGACGAAGACUUUUUCAGCCUGAUCCAGCGUGUCCAGGCCAAGCGCAUGGACGAGCAGCGGGUGGACCUGGCCUUGGCGCAGGAGGCAGCGGAGGAGCGGCAGCGGUCUGGUUCCAGCUAA